AUGAGCCGCCGCAGAGAAGCGUCUGGCGUGACAAAUGUCUCGCCGCCUUACCAGGCCAUCCAGAUGGAGGAGCUGCCGCCUCACGCGAGCGGCGCCGACGACGUCGGUACGCCCUCCGUCUCGUCGCAAUCGCCAAUGGCGCAGGCCAUCGAAGAGAGCGAUGCUAAGUCGCUGCAGGAAAUCCUGAGUGACGGCGCCUCUCAUGACGACGAGAUCAGAGAGCAGCUGUUGCUGCACAAAGCGGUGCUGAAGGAAGGCAAAGGGUCACUUGAAGUGCUGAAACUUCUGCUACAUCACGCAACGGAGCAAACGCUGUUUGCUUGGAACGAGAACUCCAGAACUGUCCUCCACGUGACUGUGAAAAACGCAUCCGACGAAUUCUCGAAAUUAAUCAUCGAGAAAAAAAAUGCUUUGCUUGCUGCAACUGAUGGGCAUGGAAAUACGCCCCUGCAUUACAUGGUAAAACAUGAUCGAACAAAGCUGUGCGCGAUGGUUCAGGCUUACCUGACACCUGAGGUCAUAAACCGGAGUAACAAUGUUUCGUUAACUGCCAUUCAUGUGGCAGCGAUCGAAGGAAGCCCCAAUAUCAUGAAGAUUUUACUGAAGCGUGGAGGAGACCCGAUGGUGUUGACCGCAGCGAAGUAUACUCCACUUCACUUGGCCGCGCACCACAAGGCAGAGCAAUGCGUUGAACAUCUUCUAAAAGCCGUUCAAAAAAUGAACAAUUCCCAAGCAGGAAAUCACGAUUCAACGAUCGAAUUCAAGAACAUGCGCACCAGCAAGGGACGCACGGCUCUGAUGCUUGCAGCCAAAUUGGGAUACUUGGGCAUUUGCAAGAAACUUGAGGGCACUGACGUGAACAUGAGAUGUUCGGACGGUAAGACUGCCCUGCACUACGCGGCGUCCAGGGGCAUCGAACGAGUUAUCUCCUAUUUGGUUGAGAAGCUCAGAGCAGAUUGUUCAAUAACAGACAAUCAAGGUUUUGUACCGUUAGUGUCAUCAGCUGCUCACGAUCCAGAGGGUUUCGCUUACAUGCUGAAAAUAACUCCAGAAAAUCUCCUGAAUGAGGAAGUCAUUAAAGAACUCAUUGAUCAGGCCGCUAAGAAGUCGUUGAAGAACCUUGAAAUAAUGGCUAAUAGAGCAGAAUUUCGGAAACAUUUGGAAGCAUAUCGCGAUAAAUCUCAAAAUAGCUUACUUCAUAUCGCCAUUAGUAAUGGAAGUUUUUUAUCUGCAAAAGCUUUAAUGGAAAGCACCAAUCUGAGCAAAACGGAAACAAACAAAGAUGGCGAUACCCCGCUGCACUUAUUGGCAACGAAAAAGGUUGCAAAAUCAGCGUCCCAAGAAGAAGAAAGACGGAUAGUUCGGAACGAGUUGCUGCGAAGUGCAAAAGAGAUUGUAAACUCUCCCAACGAGAAGGGGGAAACCCCUUUGUACUUGGCGUCAAAGUUUGGAGUUCAGGAUGUUCUCUGCUUUAUUCUGCAGAACAAACCUGAUGUCCUGAAAUGCACAAAACAAAAUACCAAUGCAGUGUACAUUGCCGCGCGGCAUGGGCACGAUGAAUGCUUGCGGUUGCUUCUCCGCAAUCUGGGACCAAAUGGUUUUAGCGAACUUAGAAAAAUGGAACGUCACCCACUGCAUUUGUCCUCCAGGCAUGGCCAUUUGGAAUGUUCGAAGCUCCUCUUGACAAAUUCUUUGGGAGACGAAAAUUCCCUGAAAAAUUUGAGAUGCUAUUUCAAGGAUAAAACUGGUCGAGUUCACUAUCCUGUUGACGAAGCAUUUCAUGGCAGACAAGGCGAGCUUUUCAGAUUCCUGCUUCACCAAAUGGAAAUUGACAAAAACGAUGAUUUGUGCGUCCGACUACACAGAUACUUCAAGCAGUGCCUGAAUGAAGCAGAAAUAACUGACGAGAAUCAGGCCGCCAAGAAUUCAGCAUCGGAGCAAAUGACGGACAAGGAUUCAGCCUCGAAGAAGCAAACAGCCAAAGAUUCAGCAUCGAAGGAAAUGGCAGACGAGGGUUCAGCUUCAAAGAUGCAGACAGCCAAGGAUUUAGCCUUGAGGAAACAGGCGGCCAAGAAUUCUGCCUUAGAGAGAGAGGUUGCCAAAAAAUCCUCUUUCAAAAAAGCUGUUCUUGAAGCAGUAAUUGAGAGUCCGUGGUGCACCGUGGCUUUCGACGGACAAUUCUGUAAUAAUAUUCGCCAGCUUGUCUCCAGCAGCAGCCAGGAAGAGGUUUCAGAAGAAGUAAAACCAUGUGACUCCUUUGCAUUGCUCAUCACAAAACACCCGGACUUGGCCUGCCGAGCAAUGGAUAGACACAUUACACCUUUAGACGGCAACAGGGCACUUCACGACUACACUCCUUUCGAGUGCUUCUAUUUCAGGAUAGAAGAAAAUCGAGUUCUGUCUCCAUUCACGGACAUCAUUCCUGACAAUCUAGCAACUGGUCAAGGAGACCAUGAAGAACUUCCUGUCAGUUCUAUAUAUAGAACGGUGCGCCAGUUAAGGGCGCAGAUGUCCUGCACGGCUGCGCCUAACAAACAGAACCAACUGGAAAAAGAUGCAAAAGAAUCCAGCAAUACGCGCUGGUCCAGAGAUCAUCCUCUCCUGAAGGCUGUUGGGAAUUGUCAGGAAUAUGACCGCCGAGUGCUGUGUCAUAGACUAACCAUCUCAUGGCUGAUGAACAAACUACGCUACGCUCAAUGGUUCCUGUAUGGCUACCUGGCACUUGACGUCCUAACUGCCAUCAUCGUGACCUGUCUCUUAUCCUUCACUUGGGAGUCACAACAUUUGCAGCGCACCUUCAGCGGCGUGACGCGCCUGCAGGUGAUGCAGGCUUACGACGACACGCGCUCUCCUGCGGGCGACACGCUGGCUGCUGCUGAAGCCGUGAAGCUGAUGGCUAACACGGACUCUCACUGCAGCUCCUGGGGAAAUGCCAGCUGGGACUCAGCAGGCGCAAUGGAGGUGUCGUCUGCCGCCUGGAACCGCUCCGUCUGCGCCGUCCAUCACCUGCGGAAGCACACACCGAGCGUCGUCACCUUGGAGGUCUUCACUAUCAUUCUGCUUAUCGGCCAUGUGCUCAUCGAGUUCAAACUUCUUGCCAGAGUCUGUUGUGCGGCAGUUUCGAAGUGUUUUUCCUCGUCCUUUUCCUUGUGCCUCUCUGGCACCACAAGCACAUUACCUGAGAACGUUGAUCUAGUCGGACGCCUGCUGCGUCUUGUGGCGCUGGGGCUCCUCGUGCUGGCGCUGGGAGUCCUCGCGCUGGCGCCGAUUCCGUGUGACUUUGUCCUGGGCUGCCGACAG